CUACCUUCUUGCAUUUCUGGAACUGAUUAAAAUUUUAUCCAUUUCUCUCUCCCUUCAAACCAAAGUAAGUCACCUUUUUAUUUUAAAAUAUUUAUUGUUUCAUGAAAUUGGCAGAUACGCAGCAGUCUUUGCAGCUUUUGUUGCUGGCAUGUCUUGCUUAGUUGGUAUUGACUUUGGUGUCAAGAUUCUAGCUUCACUGGCAAAAACAUUUGAGGAAGAGUACUUAAAAGAGGACAACAUGUCAUUGAGGAAUCUGACUCUUCUGCUUUCAUACUUAUACAUAUUUGGAGUUUUCUCUAGUGAUUUAAUAUAUGAUUUCUUGGUAAUGCUGAGUAAGAGAUUGACAGAGGCCGAUGUUGCUACAAUUUUGUCUGUCCUACAAUGCUGUGGGAUGAAAUUGAGAGGGGAUGAUCCUAUUGCUAUGAAGAAUUUCAUAAUGAGCAUUCAGAACAGGGUUAACGAAUUGAAGACCUUGCCUACAGCUACACAAUCCAAUCUUAACAGCAAAAGGAUGGAAUUCAUGCUUCAGACAAUAUGUGAAAUAAAAAACAACAAAAAGAAGCCCAAGGAGGAAACUGUGCAGCUUACUCGAAUAAAAAAAUGGCUACAGAAGCUUAGAGUGGAUGAUAUUAUACUCCGGGGAUUAAAGUGGUGCAAGCUUAUAGAUCCAGACAAGAGAGGUCAGUGGUGGUUGUCUGGGGAUGUGAAUGUAAAAUCCGUUCAAAAUAAUGUUAGGGAGGUUGCAAAAACAAUUGACAUGGAGGUCCUUGAGGCUCAAAGAAUGCUAGAGCUUGCUGCCGGACAGAGGAUGAACACAGAUGCAAGAAGAGCAAUUUUCUGUGUAAUAAUGAGUGGAGAGGAUUACAUUGAUGCAUUUGAGAAGCUUCUAAGAUUGGAUUUGCCUGGGAAGCAGGAUAGGGAGAUCAUGCGUGUUCUUGUGGAGUGCUGCUUGCAGGAGAAAGUGUUCAAUAAGUACUACUGUGCAUUAGCCUCUAAGUUAUGCAGCCACGAUAAAAACCACAAGUUCACUCUGCAGUAUUGCCUUUGGGACCAUUUCAAGGAACUGGAAUCAAUGCAGCUGAUGAGAUCGAUGCACCUCUCAAGAUUCAUUGCGGAGAUGCUUUCCUCUUUUACCCUUUCGCUUUCAGUCCUAAAGGCAGUUGAUUUUGGUGAUAUUACGCAAUUAACCCCAAAAAAGAUCAUGCACUUCCGGAUGCUUUUUGAAGCCAUAUUUGAGUUCACGGAGGAACGCGUAUGGAACAUAUUCACCCGGAUAGCCAUGCCGGAGUACGAGACGCUUUGUAAUGGGAUUGCCAUAUUUAUAAGGGAGUAUGUUGCAAGUGGUGGUCAGAAGAAGUCUUUGGCUGGUAAGUUCAAGAUUGCCAAGAAGGCCAUGAACAAUGUUGAAGGGGUAUUGAUGUGAGACUUGGUUUUGGUGCUUCUUUUUGUAGGGUGAGAUGAUAAAUAUUUAAUACCCAGUUGCUUAGGUUUUUUCCCCUAAUGCUACACAACAACUUUGAGGUUUUUACUUGUUUUUUGUGUUCAAGGAUUUUGUGCAUUGUCCUAGUGAAUACAACUAUGUCUUAUGGAGUAUCUAAUAUAAGGUACUUAAGGGA